AUGAUUCAAUAUCAGUUUUAUAAGUUGAAAUCUGUUCCAAUAAUAUAUUCACUCAAACCGACUUGCAUACCAAGUGACACUCAUUUCAAGCAAAGAUUAGAGGAUAAUGUUCUUGGUUCUGGAAAUGUGAAGAAGGGACUUCUGUUGACCCCUUUCCAUGAAGGUGAUGCACUUAUAUGGGGUGGGAGUUUAGCAGUUCCAGCUGGGUUUCAAAGUGAGUACAACUAUUAUGUAGUGGAUGAUGAGAGGAAUGUGUUGAGAUGGGAAGCUGGAAAUAAGAGGAAAUUGUUGCUUCCUGAUGGAGUUGAAAAUGGAAAAGUAGUGGAGCUUCAUGAUCUUUGGCAGAAUGGUAGUGAUAGUCUCCCUUCUAAAAGUGCAUUCAAGAAUGUCAUAUUUCGCACCAGUAGCAAAUUAGCUAUUGAGAAACCACUUGGCACAAUCAAGAAUAAACUGGAUCAAGAAGAUUUAGUGAUUGUCCAAUUCAAGAUAUGCUGUCCGAAUAUAGCUGAAGGAACAUCGGUAUAUGUAAUUGGCAGCUCAACUGAGCUUGGUAAAUGGAAGAACGGGAACUUCUCUCUAGAAUAUGGUUCGAAUAGGGAGCUCAUAGUUGACAUCUCAGCCAGUGGACCAAAUUACAUUGUCCUAUCAGAUGGCAUGAUGCGAGAAAUGCCAUGGCGUGGUGCUGGUGUGGCAAUCCCCAUGUUUUCAGUGAGGUCAGAGGAUGAUGUGGGAGUUGGAGAGUUUCUUGAUCUAAAACUAGUUGUUGACUGGGCUGUUGACUCUGGCUUCCAUUUACUCCAGCUUUUGCCCAUAAAUGAUACUUCCGUGCACAAGAUGUGGUGGGAUUCAUAUCCAUACAGCUCUCUGUCUGUAUUUGCAUUGCACCCGUUAUACCUCAGACUCCAGGCUCUUUCAAAAAAUAUGCCAGAUGACAUCAAUCAAGAGAUACAAACAGCCAUGAAAGAGCUUGAUGGGAAGCAUGUAGAUUAUGAGGCUACCAUGACUACAAAACUUUCAAUUGCUAAAAAGCUUUUUGAUUUGGAAAAAGAUUCAAUACUAAAUUCUACUUCCUUCAAGAAGUUCUUGUCAGAGAACGAGGAAUGGUUAAAACCGUAUGCAGCCUUUUGUUUCCUACGGGAUUUCUUUGAAACUUCAGACCACAGCCAAUGGGGCACAUUUAGUCAGUUUUCAAAAAAUAAGCUUGAAAAACUCGUGUCCAAGGACAGCUUCCAUUAUGACAUCAUAUCCUUCCAUUAUUACAUACAAUACCAUUUGCACCUACAAUUAUCAGAAGCAGCAGAAUAUGCAAAAGAGAAAGGAGUGGUCCUAAAAGGAGAUCUCCCAAUUGGGGUUGAUAGAAACAGUGUAGACACUUGGGUGAAUCCAAAUUUAUUCCGUAUGAACACCUCCACAGGGGCCCCACCGGAUUAUUUUGAUAAAAAUGGACAAAAUUGGGGGUUUCCAACUUACAAUUGGGAGGAAAUGUCUAAAGACAACUAUGCUUGGUGGCGUGCUCGUUUAUCACAGAUGGCAAAUUAUUUCACGGCCUACAGGAUAGAUCACAUUUUGGGUUUCUUUAGAAUCUGGGAGCUUCCAGAACAUGCAACUACAGGUCUAGUUGGAAAAUUUCGACCUUCUAUACCUCUUAGUCAGGAAGAGCUUGAAAAAGAGGGAAUAUGGGACUUCGACCGCUUAUGCAAACCCUACAUCCUUCAGGACUUUUUACAGGAAAAAUUUGGACCAUCUUGGAUAGUUUUAGCCUCUCAUUUCAUGAAUGAAUAUCAGAAAAGCCGUUAUGAGUUUAAGGACGAUUGCAACACAGAGAAAAAGAUUGUGGCGAAGCUUAAAUCACUAAUUGACAAGUCAUUGUUGCUGGAAAGUGAAGACAAGUUACGCCGUGGUCUUUUUGAUCUUCUUCAGAAUGUGGUGCUUAUUAGAGACCCCGAGGAUGCUACAAGUUUUUAUCCUCGUUUUAACCUGGAAGAUACAUCAAGUUUCAAGGAUUUGGAUGAACACAGCAAAAACAUUUUUAGAAGAUUGUAUUAUGAUUACUAUUUUAAUCGACAAGAGACUCUUUGGCGCCAAAAUGCUAUGAAGACUUUGCCUGCUCUUCUAAACUCAUCUGAUAUGCUAGCAUGUGGAGAAGAUCUAGGCCUAAUUCCUUCUUGUGUUCAUCCUGUUAUGCACGAGCUUGGAUUAAUCGGAUUACGUAUUCAACGCAUGCCAAGUGAAUCUGAUUUGGAGUUUGGUAUUCCUUCUCAAUAUGGGUAUAUGACGGUAUGUGCACCAUCAUGCCAUGAUUGUUCUACCUUACGUGCAUGGUGGGAAGAAGAUGAAGAUAGAAGACGUUCUUUUUUCAAAACCAUGGUGGGGUCCGACAGUUUGCCACCUAAGCAAUGUGUUCCGGAAAUAGUAUAUUUUGUGCUGCGUCAGCAUGUUGAAUCUCCAUCCAUGUGGGCGAUUUUCCCUCUACAGGAUUUAUUAGCCCUAAAAGAAGCGUACACAGCUCGCCCUGCAACAGAGGAAACGAUCAAUGAUCCCACAAAUCCUAAACAUUACUGGCGAUUCCGUGUUCAUGUGACAAUGGAAUCCCUGUUGAAAGACAAACAACUUACAACAGUGAUUAAAGAUCUUGUUCGCGGGAGUGCAAGAUCAUAUCCUGGUCAAGAAGAGGAGGCGAAUCUUGUGGUUGUUUCUGAGAAGCAACAAAUUAAAAACGAGGAGGAGAAGGAGAAGAUUCGUGUCACAAAUCAAGAUCCAAAAAUCACAAGCAUUGCAGUUCUGUAAGGUUUUAUUUUACAAGUUACGUAUGAUUCCAGGUGUUGUUUGACUUUGUUGACUUCUGGUGUGGAUCAUUGUUGCCAUAAGUGCAUGUAAAUCAAUGCAUUUACGGUUUUGUGUUUAUAAGAUGCAUAUCAAUCUGGGAUUCUGACACUUUAAAAGCAAAUGCUGCAAUAAAAAAAAUUCAUAUUUUUAGCUCAUACC